AUGCUGAGACCAUCACGUGUAGCCAUGGCAGAAAGUGAGUGGGAAGCGCUCUCGAGUCUCGGCCCUCUCGGGGUAUUUGUUUCACGUACCAUUCAGCACCCAGACUCACAGGUCAAUCGCCUUUACAUCACUCCGGAUAAGAGAUCCCUCGCUGCUGCUGGGCCGGGUGCUGGCCACAAUAACGUCAAGCUCUUGCCAUCAAAUCGACCAAUCCCAAUCCUGUGA